AGAUAUUAUGAAACGGGUAGUUUUAAGGCGGGUGUUAUCGGCGGCUCGAAACCUAAGGUGGCAACACCGCCGGUGGUGGAUGCGAUAGCGAACUACAAGAGAGAGAAUCCGACCAUGUUCGCAUGGGAGAUACGGGACAGAUUGCUGGCGGAAGGCAUUUGUUCGCAAGAUAACGUGCCCAGUGUCUCAUCGAUUAACAGGAUUGUACGGAAUAAAGCAGCGGAAAAGGCGAAACACGCACACCAAAUAGCGACAAGUGGGGGUGGAGGAAACGGAACAGGAGCCGGAGGACCGGUGUCGGUGAUAACACACGCUCCUCCGACACAACUGUCGGAACCGAGGUCGGGAGCGUAUAGUAUAAAUGGAAUCCUGGGUCUUCAGCACGAUCCCAAUGGCAACAACAUCAAAAGGAAACGGCUGGACGAUCACGAUGAAAAUAGGGACCUUAACGGACACCAGGAUGACGAUGUCAAAAGACAACGGACUCAAUACAAUGGGGAUCAACUGUACUCUAAUUUAUGGUCGAGUAAAUGGAGCAUAAAAGAUGAACACAAACUCUUAUCGGAAUUAGGAGGACCAGGUAAUACACCUGGUCAAUCAGGAUAUUAUGACACCCAUACGUUCCCCGGAGUAGGAGUUACCAGCACAGCUACCGAUAUUUACGAUACGAUUAACACGAUGAGCCAAACUACCUCCCAGAAUUUGUACACACCACCUCUUGCAGGCUCUUUAGGUACGAGUUCGCUUACUCCUCUUGCUCCUAUAACAAUGCACGAGAUGAAAGUAGAAACAUCCCGAAUUUUGGAACCGACAUUAUCACCGUAUCAUACAGCAGAAAAUAGUUCGCCGUACAGUGGCGUAGUAGGCCUAGGGACGACGGUAGACGGAGCGUCUCCAGGUUUACCUCUAACUUUAUCCGCGGAGACCGGAAGUCAACCUGCCUCGAACACGGCGUCUCCGGAUUCUGCCGGACUCACAGUCCUGCAGUCCUCGAACGGAGGCACGCAACAUUAUUCAACGAUGCUUCCAAGUUUCGGGUAUUCUACAGCAGGAAGCGCCGUUGUACCUGGUACAGAUUACACAUACAGUACGGCAUACAGUCAGUACGGUGCCGCCUAUGGUUCCUAUGGAUAUAGCGGUGCCACCAGCGGGUUGCUCAAUUCAGCAUAUUAUUGUGCUCACAACGAGAACCCAGAAAUUGUAAAUGGAGCGUCUCCUAUCGGACAGUGUGCGAAUUCGGACCAAAGCAGUCGUUCUCCUUUGGCGGCGACAAGAGCAAAUUCGUUAGCUUCCGCGAAUUCGCCUACAGGUAGCGGUAGCGGUUGUCUAAAGGUCGAAGUAAUUUUCAACAGUGAUCUGAAUAUAGUCUAAUUAAAAUAACGAGUAUUAUUUAUAUACACUAACUAUUUUCUGACGGACGUUUGUUGAAAAAACGCGCGUGGAAGUAAGUGAAGUGGAAAGAAAUUUUUUCCACUUGUGAACGGUUUUUUGUUUCUUUACCUGUAGAUAAGUAGUGUAAGUUUAAAGAAAAAUUCGAGAAUUAAACAUGAAAAUUUUUGGUCGUUCGAAAAAAGGAACCCGUAAUACUUCGAUAUUAACACAAAUAGAUGACGCAAUAGCUACGAGUAAAAAUUUAAAAAAAUAUAUAAUUACUGAUUUUUUAUUAAUUAAUUAUGAUUAUUAUUUAUUUUAGAAGAGAUGCAUUUCAUAGAGAGUUGAGAUUUUUUUUAAUGAUUUUUAUAGAUCUAUAUUAUAUUACUUUUUUUUUAGUUUCUAAGACUCA